GUCCCUUUUGUGGUAAUGAUGGAAAGAUUUGUUAACAUUUAAGUUCAUACUGUUGUCGAUGGUGGAGGCAAAAUCCGCUAUUUUUGGCCGCCAUAGCCGCCAUCACGUGUAAAAUGACCAUGGUGGAUUGUUGAAAUCCUGCUUUCCGCCAUGGCCACCAUUUGAUAACACUGGACUCAAGAAUUAUUGAUUUUUUUUUUCAUAAGUUAAUUUUGUUAGAAAAUCUUCUCUACAAAUAAAUAUGGAUGAAGUAGUGCUGUGUUUUCUUUUCCCUUUUAUAUUUGGAAGCCUACAUAUCACAUCAAUCAUCUGGCAGAGUGCCAAAUAGAUUGUGUUUACUCGAUCUUUUCUCUUUUUGUAUAUGAUAUCCAUCCUUUUUAAUUUGUGUUUAUAAUGUAGCAAGAAUUUAUUCGGAAGCUGAUGGGGCUAUUUAGGGUGUGUGAAGACUUGGAAAACAUGGACGGCCUUCACAUGAUUUUCAAAAUCGUCAAAGGGAUCAUUUUACUCAAUAGUCCACCAAUUCUUGAGAGGAUUUUUAAGGAAGAGUUUAUAGUGGACAUCAUCGGUGCCCUUGAGUAUGAUCCGGAAAUUACUUGUGUUCAGCAUCAUCGUGAAUUCUUAAAGGACCAUGUUGUUUUUAAGGAGGCCAUACCUAUAAAAGAUCCCAUUGCACUAGCGAAGAUACAUCAGACAUAUAGAGUUGGUUAUUUGAAGGAUGUUGUUUUGGCCAGAGUCUUAGAUGACACUACUUCUGCAACCAUUACCUCUAUAAUACAUGCUAACAAUGCCUUUGUUAUUGCUAUGUUGAAGGACGACAAUACAUUUAUCCAGGAGUUGUUUGCUAGGUUAAAAUCACCCACCACCUCUCAAGAAUCAAAGAAAAACUUGGUAGGUCUUGUUAAAGAUAUCCUAUCAUUUGCUUCUCUGGCUAUAAUUGGAGUUUGCGAGAUAUUGAAUUAGAAUGGAGAAACGUUGUGUGUUCUUUAUUUGGAUGAUUAAUGGUCAAUAGCCAAUAGGGGACGAAAAUGGGAUGGUUUAGCCU